AUGGGACAACCACAGAAUGGAACUAUAGCAGAACCACAAAAUGGAAAAAUGGACUUUAUUUCCACAACCAAACAAGAUCACGAGCAUCCACCUAGUAUUCCUCACAUCACCGCCAAUCUAAUACCCUUAUCCAAUAUUCUAAAAUUUUAUGCUCAAGAAUCGUACAAACAGUUGACUACUGCCAUAGAAAAUCUAUCAACCAAUGCCGAUGAAGAAUCCGACGUGAAACGGAAAAAGUACUUUCUUGAUAUCAUUGUUUCUUUACGACAAGAUCUUCUCAAGGUUUAUACAUUGAUCAAAUGGGCAAGUGUGUCACAAGAUGUUUCCAAGUUUAUUGAUUUGUUAAAUUGGUUCCGAUUACAAGAUUUCCAAUUUGAUCGUCUAACGCAUCAAUUGGCAGGAUUGAGUGGAUUUGGUGGUGCUAAAUUACCCAAUUUCGAUAUUGAAACAGCAUUGGAGGUGUUUUACAAAAAAAGACCGCUUUUGCCAUCGCAUAACUAUAUACAACAACCAAAGAUUAGUUCCCGAAAAAUAUUGGAAGUGUUGAAAGAUUUGAAUUUAGCAUUGAUGACUAAAUUCGCCAUGAUUGAUGUACCGACACAGUUUCAAUUUGAAAUCAAAGAUGGACGAGCUUAUAUUGAUGUACCCAAGGAGUUUCAAGUUCGUAUUACCAUGGCUAAUGAUGAUCUAAGUACCGAUAAUCCAUUUUAUAUGAUUGGUUUUGAAUUUUUGUUUGGUAUUGAUCAAAAUGAGACAUUGGUCACCUUGGGAGGCAAUGAUUCAAUUGCUACUAAACUACCGACACAAUCUUAUGUGCGAUUGGAAAAAAUCGCCAAUCGCGUUUUAAGUGUACUGGGACUUCACGGAUUGUAUGAGUUAUUACACAAGUAUGCUAUAUCUUUCAAGUUGUACUUGGUUUCAAAACAAAUUCGUGGGUUGUUGAAUACAUUGAAAUGGAAAAACAAUCUACAAAUCAAGUAUGCAAUGGGGAGUUCGUUGAUUAUAGUUAAUUACUGGUCACUGCAUUUUUUGAAUUCAAGCUGGAAGUCUUUUCUUGAGAUUGGAAUUGAUCGUAAAUUCAAUUUGUCUUAUAGAUGGUUCCGUAAUGGACAAUACGAAAAUAGUGAGAUUGUUGAGAAAAUAAUACGGAAUAGAGGGGAAGACGAGGAGGACGAAGCGGACGAGGCCGACGGUUCAGAUGACGAGGAUUCUCUCUUUAAAGAAGAGAAUGACUUAACGAGCCCUCGUGAUGAAGAUGAUCCAGUCCAAUCUGUGCAUAUUGAGUCAAUCAUUAGCUCGUUCAUGAUUGCACAUUCAGCUAGUAUCAUGAAAUCAAUACACAAACUUCUUAGGACUAGGAUAACUGGGGAUAUUGAAAUGGUUAAUUCACAUCGAAUCAUGUUUUCUAUAUCACCCAAGAAAUCAGCUGUGUUGGCCAUCAAUCCAUUGACGGGGCUAUUCUAUUUCGUCAACCCAACCCCAAUACAAAAUCGACUUUUGAAACGGAUUAAUUCACCUCCAUCGACAGCAUCAUUGAUGAAGCAACAGCAGCAACAACUACAACAGAAGCAGCAGCAGCAGCAAGUUGUCACCGAAAAUGGCUUUAUUGAGAGUGUCGUUGUCGUACUACAGCAAUUGAUGUUGGAAACUUUCACUAAGGAAGUUAAUAACUACUUAUCCACCACUGAAUGGAUACACAAUAGUAUCAUCAAGUUGAAUGAAGGAGAAGUUAAUAAUUUGUUGAAAUCGAUUGACAGAAAUAAUACUAGGGAUCAAAUAACGGUGCAAUUUUAUCGUCGCAAGCAUUGGCCAUCAACUUGGUUCCUUAUAGUUAUGGUGAACGGACUAUCUGCUAGUACAGCGUGGUGGGUAGCACGAAUCAAGUCUGUUGAUGCGAGUUGGGUGGUUAGUUAUUUGCAAAAUUUGGUUUAUAAUCCGACUUUGGAUUACCCAUUCUUCAAGAACUUGGGUAAAUCUACCUUUAAAAAGAUUAUCAAUCAUGUAAUUUUGGACGAAUUGCGUGCCAAUGGAAUCGAAUACCAUCAUGUAUUAUCCGACGAGGAGCAAAGUGGUGGAGUUGAUGAUACGGGAAAGGAAAUGCGAUCAGAACUUGCGGAACUUGGUUUGGCAGAGUCAAUGUCGAAUGGGUCUAAUAAUGUGGGUGAAAAUGGAUCAAAUAAUUCAGUCACGGUGAUCUACCAGUCAAUUAUCAAAUUGCAAAAUACAAACUUGAUUCCAGUUGAAAAUUCAUCGUCUCAUUUUUACUUGCAAGUGCAAUUGAUCAACCAAGAUAACACCAACAAGAUGAAUUUGAAUUUGUUUGGUAAGUUGAAAAACUUAUCAAUCAAGAACUCGCCCGAAUUGGCUAAAUUUAAUCUCAAAAUUGAUCACGAUAAGCAGAAUCUCGAAAUUGCUACUUCGGUUGACUUGAAUCUGAUUAUCAAUGAAAGUCUGCACCGCCAUAAUCAAAAGCAAGGCUUUUUGAAUCCCAUUUUUAAUAAUUUGAACAACCUCAACAAUUUACUUCGGAUUUUUGAUCAAUUGAACAACAACAAUAUCGAGAUACUAGAUAAUGCAAUGGACAGUAUGGUGAUUAGAGUCAAUGAUAUCGUUGAUAAAUUGUUAAUUCAAUUGCCUCAAAAUCCAAAAGAUGCUAUACAAAUCAGUACAGUUGAGACUAAACCAUGGGAGAUUGAAAUUAUUAUCCAUUUUUUGAAUCGGUAUCUCCAACUGUCAAAGUCAACAAACAUUGUUGGUGUGAUUCAUUAUCUUGAUGAAUUUGACCCUAUUUAUCGUGCAGUUAAACAAGUUCAAAGCUUGCUCAAUGAACAAGAAGGUGGUGGAGCCAAUGGCACCAGCUCAAGCACCAACUCCAAGUCCGAUGACUUGAAAUUGAGUAACGGUUUGCACAAGAUUUAUUUCGAUGCCAUUUUCAAAAAUCUCAAUCUGAUUCAAUUUAUGUUCAAUUUAUCAUCAACAGUGGCCAAUUCACGCAAGAUACACAAGGAUAAAAUCUUGAUUUCAUUAUCUUUUAAACGCAACAAGUUUAAUAGACUAAAUAAAGAUGGCAACAAUAGCCAAAAUUUAAUCAAAGUGUCAUUGAAGAACAAUCUCAAUUCAAAAAAUGUCAAAUUUAAACAUUUGUUUGAGUUGAUGUUUAAAAGCAUUUCGGAAAUGGAACGAAAUGAACGUGAUGAAAUCAUCAAUUUACAAGAAAAUCAUUUAUUGAUAAAAUUGAAUUAUGAUUUUUUGAUUAGUUGUAAUGUGAUUGAAGAAAUGAUGGGUAGGAUUACCAAAUGUUUUAUUCAGUAUUUGACGGAGGAAUCAAAGUAA